GCGGGGGCGGCCAUGGAGGAGGUGUUCGCCAAGUUCGUGUCGCAGAAGAUCAGCAAGACGCGCUGGCGGCCCCUGCCCGCCGCCGCGCUACGGCACCCCGACGUCUUCGCCACCGGCUCCUGGGACAACGAGGAUAACAAGGUCUCCGUUUGGUCCGUCGGAGAUACCGGCAAUGCGGGCCUCAGCGGUGAAUACCAAGGAGAGCCUCAGCUGCUGUGUGACAUCAAGCACAACGGUGACGUUAUGGACAUGCAGUUUUUGGAUCAAGAGAGAAUUGUGGUUGCUUCAUCAACAGGAACUGUAACUGUAUUCCGUCAUCAUCAAAAUAACCAGACUUUAUCUGCCAGCCAGCGGUGGGAGAAAGCCCAUUAUCACGUGGAUCAAGACACAGCUUGUGGUGGAGCAGCAUGUACCGGAGUCAUCUGCAACAACCCAGAAAUUGUCACUGUUGGAGAAGAUGGUAGAAUAAAUCUCUUCAGAGCUGACCAAAAGGAUGCAGUAAGGACUAUAGACAAUGCAGACAGCAGUACGCUCCAUGCAGUGACUUUCCUUCGCACAGUUGAGAUCUUGACAGUAAAUUCAAUUGGACAGUUAAAACUAUGGGACUUCCGACAGCAACGAAAUGAGCCGUCUCAAAUAUUGUCUUUGACAGGUGACAGAGUUCCACUGCACUGCGUGGACAGGCAUCCCAAUCAGCAGCAUAUUGUGGCCACAGGAGGCCAGGAUGGGAUGCUGAGUAUAUGGGACAUCAGGCAGGGUACUAUGCCAGUGUCCCUGCUCAAUGCUCAUGAAGCAGAAAUGUGGGAAGUUCACUUCCAUCCAUCCAACCCCGAUCACUUAUUUACAUGUUCUGAAGAUGGAUCUCUUUGGCACUGGGAUACUUCCACAGAAGUAUCUGAAAAACCAUCUUUUCUUCAUCAAGGAGGAAGAAGUACUACCUAUUUUUCCCACAAUACCAUUAACCAGUCUGUAGUAAGUGCCUGGCUAAGCAACGAUCCUACCAAAGACCGCAUGGAAAUCACCAACUUAAUUCCAAAUCAGACUUUGUCUGUGAAUAGUUUAGAUAUUUUAGGACCAUGCCUAGUAUAUGGUACUGACGCAGAGGCUAUUUACGUGAACAGACAACUUUUUGCAUGAAACAACUCCAGCAUCCCCAAACUGAAGUACUGAUCACCCUGAACUACUGGGAAGUGCCACGUUCAUUCUUAAUGAUGCUCAUUAGUCUGUUAUCAGCAUGUGGGGCAGAAGCCUACAGCUUGGUCCUGGUACUGCAGAAGAAAUGUAAGGUACCUCAGAUUCUGACAGCUGUCACUUGUUAUUGAUGCUCCAGGAUGGGUAAGUGAGCAAGCUUACAUAUCAGUUUGCUCCCAUUUCUUCACCAAUGCCUGUUUGGUUUUGGUAGGCAGGAAUGUAGUCAUUAGAACAAGAUACUACUGUAAAAUUAUGUCCAUAAUACACACAUGUGUACCCUGCGCCCCCCCCAGUAAAAAUAUUUUUCAAGUAUUAAUUCUAAGGCCAGACUAUGGGGUUCUUGGAAAUUCUUUUUAUGUCACCUGAGCGAGAUUUUUUUUUUUUAAUCUGACUUUUUUUAUAUAUUAAGGGGACAUAGCUUUUUAUGUUAGUUCUUGAAAAUUGGAAGGGGAAAACUGUUAAAGCUGUGAAGUGUGAAAGGUUCUAUAAGAAUCUUAGCAUUUUAAUAACUAUUUUGGAUUAUUUACAGCUUCAUCGUGGACGCUGCAUGUUACAACUUGAUCUUGAUAAUGCGCCGGUAACUCUCUCAACCUGUGAGGUUGAAGUGUUUUUUAUAGUUGAUGUGAUAACGGACAGAUGUGUUGGCUGUGUUUUCAAGUGCGAGAAUAAGACUUUCUAAACCGGAGACGGUCUUUAUCACAAUUAAAAUUUCAUAUCUGGUCUGUCAUAAUCUUUGAAAAGUUUUAUGGUUAGUGUUGUACCUACCUUUUGUUGCAGAGGACCCUUUCUCUUUUUAAUAAAAAGCUUUGCACAAG